GACGGGAUUGAUCGUCUUCGCAGUUUUGGCGUAUCCAACGGCGAGAGCUACGGAGAAUACGUCCGUCGCUAUAAGGCUCUGGCCAUGACCGUCAUGGUUUCCCACCACGCGUUCAAGCCUUCGGAUGCGCAAGUGCAGAUAGCUGUUCGAGACUCCAUGUUGAAGCAGUUUCCGGUAGUGUCUGGGCAGGUGUACAAGGAUGAGCAGCUCUCCAUGGAAGCCCCUUUUGGGCGGCAUGCUUCGUGUCUGGAUGACAUGUGGGAUGUGUUGGACAAGCGUGCGUUCGCGCACACGUCGGCGGUACAUGGAGAUGAAUUCUUUUCGGUAUCUUCCACAAAUACUAGGAGUUCGUCUGCUGUUUCGCGUGCUGCAGCUUCUUCGGUGUUGCGUUCGACUGUGACCCCUUCGUGGAGCCAAGGUUCUUCGGCCGCCGUGAUGAGUGUUGACCCUCUACCUAAUGAUGAUCGGGACCCUUUUCUGUUGCACUACAGCGACUGGCCGUUGCACGGACGCUUCCAAGAGGUGUACAACGUCGCAAGUGAGAUGGCUCUAACUAAGAAUGAUGCGCCAUUGUUCACCCCCUUGGUCUCGGCUGAAGAGCGCCGCAACGCGCUUCGACUGUACAAGGGCAAGUGCCUCAACUGCUUGGAAGAAGACCACUCCUUCAAAUCCUCACCGGCUCCGCCGUUUGAUGACAAGUGCGAGUACACUUCGGAUGACGUCCCUCUUUUCUGGAAACCUCCGUCUGUGUUCUCUCAAUGGACUCCUUCGGCUUUUGACGUACUGGGGGUACGUUAUUCAUGUGGGCUCAUUCAACAUUCCACAUCUCGGUGGGCUUCUCCUUUAGUUGCCAUCCCCAAGAAGGACGGGUCUGUUCGCAUCACCGUCAACUACAAACGUCUCAACGCGCUGGUGGAUUUGGAUGGACAACCUUUCCCUCGAGUGGACGGUAUCUUGGAUACUCUGUGCACCGGGAAAGUGUUCUCCAUCUUCGACCUAAACUCGGCUUUCCACCAGAUCGUUUGUGAUGAAGACACUGUCCCGCUCACCGCCUUUUGCACUCCCACGCAGUUGUUCGAAUGGCUUCGGAUGCCGCAGGGCGCCAACGCAAGUCCGUCUUGGUUCGUCAAGGUCAUCAACAGAGUGGUGCACGGUCUGGAGCGUGUGCUGGCUUAUCUGGACGAUGACAUCUGUUUCGAUGAGGAACCUCUGGGACACGUGCUAAACUUGAUCGAGUUCUUCAAACGACUGCGACAGUGUUAG